AUGGCCCAUCGCGUUGGAAAGUAUAUAUUGCAAAGAACACUGGGAGAGGGAUCUUUAGGGAAAGUGAAACUAGCCGAGAACACAGCUACAGGAGAAAUGGUAGCAAUCAAAAUAUUUGAUAAAGAAAAAAUCAAGAAGCAGAAUUUAUCAGAACAAAUCAAGCUCGAAAUAAGUAUUAUGAACAAACUGAAGCACCCAAACCUCGUAAACCUCAUCGAAGUCCUCGGCUGCAAAUCCAAAAUCUUUAUCGUAAUCGAAUACGUUCCCAACGGCGAACUCUUCGACUACAUCCUCAAAAACGGACGUCUCCAAGAAGAUGAAUCGCGCAAGUUUUUCCGCCAGCUCAUCGAGGGAGUCAGCUACAUCCACAGCCACAACAUUUGUCAUCGUGAUAUCAAGCCGGAGAACCUGCUUCUCGACAAGAACGGCAACAUCAAAAUCUCCGACUUCGGCCUCUCCGCCUUCGUCGGUGGCGACACCUACGACACGAACUCGCUGCAGCACACAACGUGUGGGUCUCCAAACUACGUCGCCCCGGAGGUGCUGAAAGACAGCGGUUACGACGGGCGCUUCAGCGACAUUUGGAGCUGCGGCGUGGUCCUGUGGGUCCCAAACCGAUUCGUGAUGGUCGCCGGCUAUCUUCCCUUCGACGAGCCCUCGCUCUCCACGCUCUUUCGACGCAUCCAAAACGCCGACUACACUUGUCCGCCGUAUCCCGCGGUUUUUCUGCACAUCACGCGCAGAUUCUUCAGCCGCGAACUGCGCGAUUUAAUCGCGAAAAUCUUCGUCCCGGACCCCACAGCGCGCAUUUCCCUCGCCGAAGUCCUCACCGCGGUUAUCUCCUCACAUGCAGAUCAAGCAACAUCCAUGGUACCGCGGGAAUGA